AUGGCAGAGACGCCGAGUGCCACUGGCACCACGGAUGCGCCUGGCAACCGGGUCCCGCAAUGCCAGAGACUUCUGUGCAUGGGAGGACCCCUUCUGGAGGUGCGGGCCGAGGUGCCCAAGGCAUUUUUGGAGGAGUACAAGCUGCGACCGAACGCGGUCUUGCAAGUGGAGGGUCACAUGCAGUCCAUGCUCACAGAGAUAAGUCGCCUGACCAGCGAGGCCGGCCUUGUGCUGGAAUAUGCAGCUACGGGUGGGGCGACGAACACCGCGCUCGCCGUGCAGGCUUUGCUGCAGCAGGACCUUGGCCCGAUGUCCUCGGAGGCCAUUCGGCGGCAGACGCCUAUCGUUUCCAUCCUUGGGGGCGUCGGCCGCGACCAGCUAGGUUACAAGCUGCAAGACUACCUCAAAGAGACUGGCAUCCAGCCGCUCUUUUCGGAGAUCGUCUCGGAGAGUACUGGCUGGACUGCUUUCUUGUGUGCGAGUCGACGAGAAAGGACCGCAGACAGGCCUGCCUUGUCAUCGCAACCCAGUGAGGAGAAGGUCGAUGGCUCUGGCAAACUGGCUGUGGUCUACCGCGCAAUUCAGGCCGGAGCCGCCAACCAGUACAAGCUGGAUCACUUGCGCUUCAAAAUCUGGGAGCAGGUGGAAGCGGCGGGGGUCGUCUACGCAGAGGCGACCUUUCUGACCGUCUCCUUCGAGAGCGUUAAGAUUUUGGCGGAGCAUUGCGCGAAGAUGGGUAACACCUUCUGCCUGAACCUCUCGGCACCAUACGUGUGCCGGUAUUUCGGCGACCGGAUACUGACGGUCAUGCCUUACACGGACUUCGUCUUCGGCUCCGAGACCGCAUCCUGCCACUGUUUUGAUCCCUGUUUUUGCAUGGGAAACUUGGAGGAGGAGGAGGAGGAGGAGGAGGAGGGGGGGGUCUCAUGCACCAGGCUCCGGUGUCUCACUCGCAGCAGCAGCAGCAGCAGGCCCUUAACAUCAAGUUUCAGGGUUUGGGUCUUGCGGCGUUCAAUAUUGAUUCAGGCUUAG